AUUAAUAACAGAUUUUUUCAGAUUCUAGAUAUCUAAUCUUUCAUUAUUAAUUUAUUUUUGUGCACUCAUGUAACACCAUGGGUUUUGUAUAGGAGUGAAAAUUUGUAAUAGAGUCUAUAAGUGAAAACAUUAAAUGUAUUGAGAAGGACAUACGAAUGGCUGAAUGAAUGAGCUUACGAUAAUAAUAGAAUCUGCUAAUUGUAUAGACCAUAUGCGAUUGGAUAGGCUAUCGUAAAUAGCAAAUUACUGUAUUAAUUAUCGUUAUUAUGAAUAGCAAAUUCCUAAGAUAUUUUCAUUUUGUUAUUGAGAUUGUCUUCGAGAGAAGCUGUUUUCACAUGUAAUAUUAGGUAUAUACAGUUGAUAGGUAUAACACCUCUAGUAACACUGGAAGUUACCAAACGGCCUUGCAUGUGGACUUGGCGAUUACCACAUUACCCUUAGAGAUGCUGUGUUGAUUCCAACGUGUUCAUCCCAAUAAUCAAUGAAAAAUUUUUUUAAGACAAAAGAUUUUGGAAAUAAAAGUACACUCGACGGCUAGUAACACGAAGUUACCAAACGGCCUUGCAUGUGGACUCGGCGAUUACCACAUUACCCUUAGAGAUGCUGUAUUGAUCCCAACAACGUGUUCAUCCCAAUAAUCAAUGAAAAAAUUUUUUAAGACAAAAGAUUUUGGAAAUAAAACAAAGUACACUCGACGGCUGCAUUGAUCAGAUUUUUAGCUUUCGACUCUCUAUAGCUAUCAAUUUUAGUAGCACGACGUUUUUCCGGUUGAUCAAUUGGUCUGUUUUUGUCAGUUAUGAAAAUCUUAGUGAAUCUGUCGUUAGGCUGCAUGUAAAGCUUCUAGAGAGAUUGCUUGUAUUAUCACGACUCCACCCUUAUAGUUAAGUCGCUAGUUCCCGCUGGCAAGGACUGGACAGGCCUGACUCGUUUUGUCGCUAUCGGCGGAGGAGGAAAUGUUGUCUGCUUGCAUGUUGUUUUUGUUGUCACUCGUAUGUGUGGCGGGCGUUAAGCACGACCGUUUUGAUUGAACAGCUUGUUUGCCAGCUUCGGUGCGGUCUUAUCGUUUUGUUCAGUCGUCUAGCUGCACUGUAGAGCUGUGGGCGUUUACAUCGACAUUUGGUUAGGUUGUUGUAAAAGGUGUCUGCAGAGACUGCUAAGUUACAGCUUUUUGUGCUCUGUGUUCCGCGAAAUUUUAUGGGUACAUCGUGGUGCGCUUUCGAAUGUAAAAGAACAUGUAGGAACGGCCACGUGCUAUUAUCCAAUACUGAUUGCACAACGGUAGAAGGGAAGGUAGUUAUUUAUGAAAAGAAGGCAUAAAAAGUGAUCAGGAUGGUUAUCGCGACGAAUUUCGAGCCGCCCACAGAGGGCAUACGACACCAGGUGACAGAUACUCAGGCGUUGAUUCGGAACUCGGAUUUUGGCAAGGGAACGCUAUAUAUUAGCGAAGGCAGACUGUGUUGGUCAGGUGAAAGUGGAACAGGAUUUUCUCUUGAAUAUCCUGCUAUUCAACUUCAUGCUAUCUCUCGAGACCCUUCAGUAGCUCCGCGACCCUGCUUGUAUCUUCUUGUGGAGGGAAACUUACUAGAAGCGAGCUCCAACAACGAAAUAUUCCGUCGAAACUAUCCGCAAGAACAGGGCGCAGAGAACGGCGGCGCGGGAGGUUCUGGCAAUGGGGUAGUUGUAUCAGGAGAGGAAUCAAUUGAAAGCAUUGAUGAAGACUUAAAUGAUGGCAGCUCAUCAAUUGACAGCACCAGUCAGACAACAGAGGUUCGAUUCAUUCCACCCACAGAGGAGUCGUUGCCAGCUAUGUACGCAGCCAUGUGUCACUGUUCAGCACUUCAUCCAGACCCCACCGAACAGGGCGAUGAGGACUCUGCUGCUGACGAUGUGAGCGGCGAAGAGUACGUUGCUGAAGGUGCUGAGCAGGAUCUUGGCGCUGUCCAUCAUACCCAAGAUCGUAGGGCGAACAGGGCCCAUGAGGAUGAACAUAUGGAGGGACAGUUUGAUGACGCCGACUGAAAAACAUAAGGGAGCAGCAUUAAUUUGGCUAAACCGGACACGGGACGCUAGACAUUUCGGCAAGCUGAGUCCUCAAUUUGUGUCCAUAAGAAAAUCUUUGUAGUCUAGAUUUCGAAAAGGAUGCGGUACAAGUACACUUUGUCGAAGAACAUUGUUCUGUGUAUAGAUGUUGUACAUUAUCAACGUGGCAUCGCGGGUAACCAUCUUAGGCAUGUUGUAACUUUCUAUCGCUAAAAGUGCAUGAAUGUACGUAUGUCAACGCCUGUCGAUCCAUAUUGUUUCAUGAGCAUAGUUGGCUUCGCGAACACUGAUCCAUUACGUAUUGUUAGAGUGUCCAAUGUAUAUAUGCGCAGUUACAAUUCGAAGGAAUUACAAAAACUUUAUAUCCUCACUUAGGUGCUGGUGAAUUUAGUUCACCGAGUUUCACUCAAGACCAUCUAGUAUAUGGAUUCGACGAAAGCACCUAUACAAACAAUUAUACGGCAAUUUAGUACAUAAAUAAAACACUGUCACCAUAUGUAGAAGACAACAAUGCUUUUGUGCUCAUUCUUACUCAGCUUUGUAUGCACAUUUCGUAUAUCUUAUAUUAGCUGUGGAACGCAAAGCUACUUUUGCACAUAGCUUAAAUUUAGAAAGAUAAUCUGAUCAACUUCACGUUCAGCUCACACCAACCUCCAGAAUAAGGGCAUCGACAUAAGUUGCUUUUUUGUUUUUCCCCAAGGGAAUUGUUGCAUUGGAUUAAACCAUUUUGUUAAGUGCCUCGCUUUGUAAAACCAACUGAAUUUCUUAAUUCUGGACUUGCGGAUUACGAAAAAGUACAUCAAGUAUAUUUAUACAAUAAAUUAAAUCAUUUUAAUAAUUUUGACAAUGUUAGUUUCAUUUGUUCGAUUUAAUUAGAAACUUGUGGUUUCAAAAUAGUGCAUGGUCAUCUUUGAACGUUCGGAAGUUUAUCAACACGAAAAUCAUUCGUAUGAGCUUAAUGUGGAUAAAUUAACCUCCUACGAAUGAUUUUCGUGUUGAUAUAUAUAUAAAUGGAGAUAUAGAUAUACCUGAGUUAACGUUGAAUUCAUUUUGAAGUUUCGAUUUCUUUAGUUAAAACUGUAAAAUACUGAUCU